GCACGGGCACUGAGGUUAUAUUUGGCGCCAUUUUAGUAGUGGGAGUAGAAGCAUAAGGACGCAAUAAAUUGACAGAAUAAGUCAUGUCAGGCCGUGGAAAAGGAGGAAAAACAAAAUCAAAGGCAAAGAGCCGUUCUUCUAGGGCAGGACUGCAAUUCCCAGUUGGAAGAAUUCACAGACUUCUUAGGAAAGGGAACUAUGCUGAACGAGUUGGUGCAGGUGCCCCUGUAUACUUAGCAGCCGUAUUAGAAUACCUGGCAGCAGAAGUUUUGGAGUUGGCAGGAAAUGCAGCCAGAGACAAUAAGAAGACCAGGAUCAUCCCCCGCCACCUCCAGCUAGCCAUCCGUAACGACGAGGAGCUGAACAAACUCCUCUCGGGGGUCACGAUCGCCCAAGGUGGUGUACUGCCCAACAUCCAGGCUGUUCUUCUGCCCAAGAAAACUGGAUCAGUUGGAAAAAAAUCAUCUCAGUCCCAGGAAUUUUGAAGAGAGACGUGUUGUUCAGAGGAAUUAUGUGUUGCAUUACGAUAUCAGAGAGGCGAAUGUGUUGUGUCCUUCAUUACUGUUGUGCCAUCAGAAAUUUUGCAGUUACUAAGUUACACUUGUUCUAAGUUUUAUUGGUUUUUGUACAUUUUGCAAUAUAAUAGCAUUAUCUUGUUGACUUUCCUUUUCUCACGUUACUUCAAAUUAUCAUGAGUCAGACCAAAUGACGAAUUACUGGUAGAAGUGAUAAUUGUAGCAUUCUAUUGUUUUAAUAAAUAUUUGUUUUCUA